GACGGACUGACAGCUCCCUCCGCCCCUUGCUCGCUUCUGCUGCUCCCUGCAUCGCUUUCGUAUCGUCCGCCGCCAUCGCCAACGCCGUCCCGCAGACGCAGCCGCAGCCACAGACGCAGACACAGACGGAAGCGCAGAGAGACGCAGCGACAGAGACAUCGACGUGCUCAUCGACUCCACCAUCGAAUGCUGUAACUCCCGCAGGCUCGCCGUCCGCGUCCCCGACUGACAUGACCAGACCACAGCCGUCGCCACUACUACAAACAUCCCCUUCUUCUCCCUAUACACCGCAAGUCCGCUGCCUCCCCGCGAGCAGACGCAGGCAUAGCACGGCUGCUCUCCCGCCAGCAAACAGACGCAGACACGCAGACACGCACUGCACGCACCGGCCGAACGAUGGUGGUGUCCCGACCCCGCGAGCGCGAGCAACAGGAUAAUGGAGACGCCAGCGCCACCCGCACCUCAAAUACCCCUACCAGGAAGAUGUCGAGAGCUGACUCCAGCCCGCCCAAGAAGGACCGGGAGAGGGAGAGGGAGAGGGACAGAGACAGAGACAGAGAUAGAGACAGAGACCGGCAGAUCAAGUCCUCGGCCAAAGACGUGGCGGAACUCACUGACUUUCAAUUAGGAGACUGCCUGGGCAAAGGAGCCUUCGGAUCUGUCUACAGAGCUCUGAAUUGGGGCACAGGCGAGACCGUUGCCGUCAAGCAGAUACGGCUGGCGGAUCUGCCAAAGAGUGAGCUGAGGGUUAUCAUGGUAAGUGGCCCAUUGACAAACAGUGCAGACACAUGCAAUAUCUCUACACAUAGCUCUAAUACCUUUCUCUCUACAGCAAGAAAUAGACCUGUUGAAGAAUCUAGAUGUAAGUUGCGGGCCGGCUCGAGAUCCCCCUUGGAUCAGGAACCCGACAUCAAAUCCACAGUACUAAUCUGUUUACCCGUCAUAGCAUCCAAAUAUCGUCAAGUACCAUGGUUUUGUAAAGUCUGCCGAAACCCUAAACAUCAUAUUAGAGUAUGUACCUUUCCUAUCUCUACCCUUCUGUCUCGGAAUAUAGAUCUAACACGUCUGCUAGGUACUGCGAAAACGGCUCGCUGCAUUCGAUCUCCAAGAACUUUGGCCGGUUCCCUGAGAACUUGGUUGGACUAUAUAUGUCUCAGGUCCUCCACGGAUUGCUAUAUCUGCACGAACAAGGUGUCAUACACAGGGACAUAAAGGGCGCAAACAUCCUAACCACAAAGCAAGGCCUAGUGAAGCUUGCGGAUUUUGGUGUCGCCAGCCGAACUACGGGUCUUCAUGAGUCCAGCGUCGUUGGAACACCGUACUGGAUGGCUCCGGAGGUUAUUGAACUUUCCGGUGCUACAACAGCUUCGGAUAUAUGGAGUUUAGGCUCAACUGUUAUAGAACUGCUUGAAGGGAAACCGCCGUACUAUAAAUUCCAACCCAUGCAGGCCUUAUUCCGCAUUGUCAAUGAUGACCACCCCCCGCUACCCCAAGGCGCUUCUCCUGUGAGUUUUCUUUUUCUUUUUCCUUUUUUCACACCCCUUUUUCUUUGGAUUUCAACGGUGAUGUUCUACUAUGAUGAUAGCUGCUAAUAACCGAUAACCUCAACUAGGCCGUGAGGGACUUCCUAAUGCAGUGCUUCCAAAAGGACCCAAAUCUACGGGUGUCUGCCAGGAAAUUGCUAAAACACCCAUGGAUAGUGAAUGUUCGUCGAUGCGACUCCGUCGUCCCUAAGAAAUCAACAGAGUACGAAGAGGCAGUUAGGAGUGUUCAGGAGUGGAACGAAGCACUUAGGUCCCCUAAUUCAAAUGCUAUCCGCAAGCCCUCACAACACCAGCAACCAGGAAUAGGGAGCAGCCCUAUCUCAACACAAAAGGAACCCAAUCCUCUAAAUAUACCAAACCGAGACACCUUGUCUCUAUUAAACAUGAAUGCUGCA